AUGGGGCAUCACUUUCUUCCUACCUCCAUACCUGCAAGUAUGCUGAUAGAAAACGUAUUUCUCGACCAAACAUUCCAGCUUUAUAAGGCCAAUGGGUCACCGCUGGCAUCAUUUAUAUAUGGGGAGGAAGAAGAAGGAGAAAAGGAAGGGUUUUCGACUUUUUUGGAAAAUUUCGCCAAGUUCUUAUACAAUCAUCUCUCCAGAACCAAUCCUUCAAUAUUACAGUCGACCAGUGAGCUUAUUUCUUCGAUAAACGACUAUAAGGACCUUUUGAGACAGUUGAGAGUGACCAAGGGAAGAGAAAGCACAGAAAGGACAGGAAACGAAGAAGAAAACGAGGAUGCCAAUGCCCCAUCAUACCUGAUGAUCUUUUUCAGUAUACGACACUCCAAUUUACGAAUUCUCCAAAAGCAGUCAGUGGUUUUCAUCACCAAAAGAGAGGAGCAAAAUCAGGGCCAACAGAACAAUUUACGGGAAGAAGGCAAAAACUUCAGUACCAUUGUACUUGUGAGAGCUUCCAACCCAUCGAUAUCUGAGGGCCUCUUGACUGUUUUGGAGGAAUCUGUACAGCUUGGCUACCCACUAGUGAUCAAGCCAGAGAGAAUCAGCCAGGGCUAUAUAAAGGACACCAUCAACAAAAUGAGCGAGGUGAAGUCUGUGCAGGAAUUCGGGGAUGUCGAGUUGAGCUUCCAGACAAGCAAUAUAGUAGGAGAUAGCUUAAGACAGGUGAGUGUAUGUAUACCGCAGGCGGAUUUGGAGAGAUUAAACCAGGUACAGCAACGGCAGCAGCAAGAGCAGCUAGAGCAGCAGCAGCAGCAGCAGCAGCAACGCAACCUGGAACAUCAAGCUGAUCCUCCUACGCUACCCUCUGCUGGACCUUCGCUAGUUGCAGCAAUUUUUUCGCACUUGCAGAAAAUAACCGCACUAAAUUUGAAUCUAGUGCCAUUGUCAAGAUUCACCUCACAGAUCGUUAACAUUUCACAGGAGGGGAAAAUCAAGAUCCACAGAGGAAUAGAUGGACAGAACCAUGAGCAGAUCUUCUCAAAGUCGCUCGUAUGGCGAUUAUUAAUCUCUUUAUUCAACAAAUAG